UCGGCUAGAUAAUGAGGGAGGGAAGAGGGAAGAUAGCAAAUCAAAAUUGUUUCAACUUCUUCAUCAUCGUCAUCAUCAUCAUCGUCACUCCCGACUUCAACGUUGGUUCGGAACGGCACAUGAAACGGGGGGCGUUUCCGGGGAAACUCCCGGCCCCUACAAAAUGAAACUGAAAGUAGACGAGCGGAGCCGGAGACACAAACCCGCCGCCGUCAGUCCGGGUCCGUCCGUACGCGUCAGUCCGGGAUGAAAGCAGCGGAGGAAAUGUGGCGCAGCGCAACGCGGAUCGGCAAGCUCGCCGCGCUCGCCGCGGCGCUCUGCGCCGACCUGUCGCUGUUCUGCGCGGCGUCGGGGAGUCCCGGCGGCGCCCCCGCGCACCUCCCGCUGCUCUGGGCCGUCGCGGCUCUCCGCUGUUUGCUGCUGUCGGCGGCCACCCUGCCGAUCCGCGGCCGCCUGGAGCCGGCGCCGCUCCGCUACGUGGCGGUGCACUGCCUCGUGUGGCCGCUGUACCGCUCCGCGCGCGGCGCGCACGGGCCGCCGGAGGACGCGUGGUCGUGGCUGCGCUGCGGCGCGGCGGCCGCGGCCGCGGCGCUCUUCUGGGACGUGGGCAUCCCGGCCGCUGAGGAUGAGGAGAACGGAGGGAGGAAGCAGAAGGCCAGGGUGCUGCUCGUCAGGGUCCUGCGCUUAUACGGGCCCGACUGGCUCCUCCUGCUCGGCGGACUCGUGUUCCUGACGCUCGCUGUUCUCUGUGAGAUGUACAUCCCAUUCUACACAGGAAAAGUCAUCGAUAUCCUCAGCGGCCAUUAUCAGUGGAAUGAAUUUCUCUCAGCAAUCUUCUUCAUGGCUUUAUAUUCCCUAGGAAGCUCUUUCAGUGCAGGCUGUAGAGGGGGUCUCCUCCUCUGUGGGAUCAGUCGUUUCACGUGCAGGGUGAAGGUCCAGCUGUUUGAGGCCCUGACCAAACAGGAGAUUGGAUUUUUUGAUACUGUCAAGACAGGCGAGAUCACCUCCCGGCUGUCCAGAGAUACCUCCCUGACAGGACGCACAGUAUGUCUGAACAUCAACGUGCUUCUGAGGACAUUUGUGAAGACUCUGGGCAUGCUCUCUCUGAUGACGAACCUCUCCUGGAAGCUCACCUGCCUGGUUUUGUUGGAGACGCCCAUCAUGGGACUCAUACAGAACAGUUAUGACACACACUACCAGAGACUCUCCAAGUUGGUUCAGGACUCAGUAGCCAAGGCCAACGAAGCGGUGAAUGAGGUGGUGUCUGGUAUCCGGGUGGUACGGAGUUUUAACACCGAACUGGCCGAGGCCUGUCGCUAUGACGACCGGCUGAAGGUUACGCAAGGCCUCAAGACACGACGGGACGUGGUCAGGAUUGUUUACGUGCUCGCACGGAGGAUAACAGGCCUGGCCAUACAGGUGGCCAUGCUGUACUAUGGCAGGCUGUUCAUCCAAAAGGGUGAAAUGACCACUGGAAACCUGGUGUCCUUUAUACUUUACCAGUCGAACCUGGGCGACAACAUCCAGACUCUGUUCUACAUCUUUGGUGACAUGCUGAACUCGGUGGGGGCCGCCAGCAAGGUGUUUGAGUACAUAGACAGAGAACCUCAGGUGGGCUUCGACGGGACCCUCGCACCCGAGUCCAUGACGGGUCGCAUCACCUUCCACCGCCUCACCUUCGCGUACCCGUCCAACCCCAGUAACGCUGUGCUAAAGGACUUCUCGUUGGCACUGGAGCCUGGUCACAUGACGGCCCUGGUGGGGCGGUCUGGUGAGGGGAAGAGCACCUGCGUAAGCCUUCUGCAGCGCUUCUAUGAGCCGCAGGACGGAGAAAUCCUACUGGAUGGACGGCCGCUGAAAUCUUACGAGCACAGUUUCCUCCACAGGAAGGUAGCCCUGGUGAGCCAGGAGCCUGUGCUCUUUUCAGGCUCUGUACGAGACAACAUAGCCUACGGCCUCGCCGACUGCUCGCUGGACGAGAUCCAGGAAGCGGCGCGGAAAGCCAACGCCCACGCCUUCAUCAGCCGGCUGGAGAAAGGCUACGACACAGAGCUGGGUGAGGGAGGGGGCCGGUUAUCCAAGAGUGAGCGGCAGCGGCUCGCCAUCGCCAGAGCCCUGGUCCGGCAGCCACAGGUCCUCAUACUGGAUGAGAUCACCAGCUCCCUGGACACCGACAGCGAAACCAAGGUUCAGGAGGCUCUGGCGUCCCUCAGAAUAACCCUGCUGGUCAUCGCUCACAGGCUGAAGACGAUCGAAAAAGCCAAUCAGAUCGUCGUUUUCGGCGAGGGGCGGGUUCAGGAAUGCGGGACUCACCAAGAGCUGAUGGAGAACAAGGGAGUCUACUACAAACUCCGAGAUAUGCUCUUCAGAGAGGGGGACGCGCCGCAGUGACCUCGGACCAUAUUUAUUACGUCAUAGCUGACACGUUGUACGACAGAUCUGCUGUCUGUAGUUUAUACUUGCGGCCAUAGGCGUUUCUAGCCCCCAUUUUUGGGGGUGCUGCAGCACCCCUAAAUUGAACCCCAGCACCCCUGAAAUUGAAGAGAUUGUUUAUUUUUUACUGUAUGUCCAUGUUUAAUAAGCUGAAGAAAUGUCAAAACCAUAUCCAGUAUAUAUUAAUAUUUUAACACAGCACCCCCCCCCAUGCUUCGAUCCACCCCCCCAAAUUUAUCUUGCCUGGCCGGCCAGCACUCUGGGUGCUCAGCACCCCUAAAGCUCUGAUCCUAGAACCGCCCCUGCUUGCGGCUACAUGUUUAUCUUUGGCAGCCAUUCUGAAAAGAGGUGGCAACUUUGUAACCUGCCUACUGUUCGGUUCAGUACAACACAUGACAAUAUACACAACGCAAUUCAUGCAGCGCACGGUGGGACAGAACAUAUGAUGGCUGAAUGUUAAAAAAAAGAAAAAGCUUAAUUUAUGUAAAUAUUGAAUAAGCAGCGUUGCUGUUUUGUGAAGAGUUGGAUGUUGAAGUUCUUACAGACAGUCUGGUUGUUUUUUUUGCUAUUCUCAGUUUUGUAUUUUCAAAGCGUUUGUUGUGAAGAUAAAACGCGACCCCUGUUUGUGCCUUCGUAAAGCUGUUGUUAGUGCUGACAUGUUUUCCUGUCUGAGAUCCUUUAAAUUGAAGCCGUAAAUCCGUACUGCAAAGACGCAAAUUCAAUGGUCGACUGGUUAACGUUGUCGCUUGCGGAGCGGGAGACACGGGCUCGCGUCCCGGCUGUGGCGGUUCCCGGACUGCCCCCCCCCCCCCCCGAACUCGCUACAG